AUGCCUCAAACAAUAUGCUCAUCGAUAUUUGUUUUAGUUUCUCUCAUGCUUCCUUUGAUGAUGAUAUUGAUUCCUAUAUCAACAUCAGCUCCAAAUCUUUUGACACAAUACUGCCCAAACACCACCAUGUUUGCUAACAACAGCCAAUAUGAAACCAAUCUCAACGCUGUCUUCCGAUCUUUAUCCUCCAGCACCAGCAACACCACCGGCUAUGUGCAAGCAGUAGUCAGAAACAGUUCAAACGAAGCCGUGUAUGGUCACUUUCUCUGCCGUGGAGAUCAAUCUGUGUCCUUGUGCCGCGAGUGCGUGGAUACUGCCACAACCUCUGAUCUUCCCCGCAAUAGAUGUCCCAACAGGAAGGUGGCAAUAAUAUGGUAUGCAGAGUGUAUGGUAAGAUACUCCAAUGAGUCCUUCUUUGGAAGAAUGGAACAAUCUCCAUGGUUUCCCAUGGCAAACUCAGAGAACACAACAGGGAACAUGACACGGUUUAUGGAUGCUGUAGGGAAUAUGAUGAAUGAUGUUGCGGUUCGAGCGUCAAACGGCGGGCCUGAAAAAAAGUUUGGGACAGGGAUUUUAGAGUAUUCGAGCUUGCAGACGAUGUAUGGGAUGGGGCAGUGUACUCCAGAUUUGAGUGUUUCUGAUUGUAAUCAAUGCUUGAGGAUUGCAAUUAGUCUCCUUAGAAGUAGUAUUGGUGCAAGGAGUGUCAUGCCAAGUUGUAAUGUGAGAUAUGAGGUCUACCCUUUUCUUCAAAAUGCUACUUUUUUUUCUUUUCCGCCAUCGCCGCUGCCAUCAUUGCCUCCAACGGUGACUGCUGCCGGCGGUAAGUUUGACUGUUCUCUUCUAAAACUUCUAGAAUUUCUUGAAAUCGAUUUGGGGAAAAUGCAAGGGGCUAGGUUUUCUAUUUUUUCUGGAGAAAAAAAAGUAUCAAUCAAGGUGAUCAUUGCCAUUGUUGUUCCCGUAGCUUCUGUAAUAUUGGUUAUACUCUGCUUGGGGAUUUGUUACUUUGAGCCGAAAUCUAAGAAGCUCAAUACUCAACCUGUGGAAAAUGGACAAGAAUUGAUAACCGUCGAGUCUUUACAAUAUGAUCUUAGUACGCUUCAUUCGGCCACGGAUAAUUUUUCAGAUGAGAAUAAAUUAGGUGAAGGGGGAUUUGGAAGUGUUUAUAAGGGUACUCUAUCAAAUGGACAAAAGAUAGCAGUAAAGAGGUUGUCUUUAAGCUCUAGCCAAGGUGUUCAACAAUUUAAGGCUGAGGUAAUGUUGGUGGCCAAGCUUCAACAUCGAAAUUUGGUGAGGCUAUUGGGAUUUUGCUUAGCAGGAGAAGAAAAGUUGCUUGUGUAUGAAUAUGUUCUCAACAAAAGCCUUGAUUACAUCCUCUUUGAUGAUGAAAAACAAGGAAAAUUGGACUGGGAAAGGCGUUAUAAUAUCAUAUUAGGGGUUGCUCGAGGAAUGCUUUAUCUCCAUCAUGAUUCUCGUUUGAAAAUUAUACACCGCGAUCUCAAACCAAGUAAUGUGUUACUUGACCUUGAUAUGAACCCUAAAAUUUCAGAUUUUGGGUUGGCAAGGAUAUUUGAAGUCGAUCAGACACAAGCUAGUACAAAUAGAGUUGUAGGGACUUACGGGUACAUGUCUCCGGAGUAUGCAAUGCAUGGAAAGUUUUCUGCAAAAUCUGAUGUAUAUAGCUUUGGUGUUCUAGUCUUAGAGAUUAUUAGUGGCAAGAGAAUUAAUGGUUUCUAUCAAUCAGGCUACGGCGAAGACCUUCUAAGCUAUGCAUGGAAGCAAUGGAUAGCUGGAACACCCUUGGAAUUUGUGGAUCCAACAAUAAGAGGUUUGUGCUCCUCUAAUGAAGUCAUAAGAUGCAUGCAUCUUGGUUUCUUAUGUGUUCAAGAGUCUAUAGACGACAGGCCUACAAUGGCGACAUUAGUCCUCAUGCUGGAAAGUCACUCUGUCACUUUAAAGGCGCCUCAAGAACCUACUUUCUUCGGAAAAAGCGGAUCCAAUUCAGGCUUUGUGGAGCACAUGGGAUCAGAUCAAUCAAAGAGGAAGUUGAUUCUUGGGUCAAUAAACGAUGUUUCUCUCACUGAGUUAGAACCAAGAUAGCAGCAUGUAUGCAUUGAGGAACAUAGUAUUAAUUAAUAUACAAUUGUUAUGUAA